AGCAGCCUGCUCCAGUUACUGAAGGGAGAGACGUCAUCCAGGAAAACCUGGGCUUGUUUGCUCCACCUGUCUGGAGUCCUGCUAGUGAAAAUGUCUGUCCUGACAAGUCAGACAUCAUUAAAAAAAGAAAACCAGUUAUCUUUAUAAAGCCAUUGUUUUCCUUGGAUUUUUGUUUUAGAGGUCUCCUGUUCCUCAGCUGACACUGGCUUUCUUGAAUGCUUCUGGUGUAUAGAGAAGGGAUAAUUCUCAAACUCAGGGUCAUCUGCUUCAGCUUUUCAUGUCCAGUUCUCUUAUGAAACUCCCAAGUUGGUGGAUUAAAACACUCUUAGUUUCUUGCAAGAGACUUUUUAUUCUUAUGACCUUGUCAGUGAGCUGCUUGCUCUCAGAGUAACUAUUCUGCAGUAUCCAACUGUACUAAAUAUAAAUUCCAAGAGCUUUCUGAGGGUAUUUAGCAGGAUCUUGCUUUUCCCACUUCACUUUUGCUAACCCUUCCACCUCUGUGUGUGGUAAAAAUGACCAUGUAAAGUGUAUUUGUUUCAUUUUAGUUAGAGAGGAUGUGUGUAAAAAUGGUGGGCAAGAUCUAUGUUCAUCUUGUCCAGGGUUCUUUGAAAAAAUUCUGUCAUAUUUAUUGCUUUCGAAGCUUUUGAAUUUUAGCACAGAUAAAUUACUAGGUCCUAGUAAAUGCCUUUUCUUCUGCAAUCCCAUUUGGAUGAGUUAUAAACACCUUGUCUGCUGUUUCUCCACAGUCAGUGUGACUGCUUGGUGUAUUCAAGUAUCUCCACACAGACAUUUGUAGUGAAGACUGAGUCAUUGCCUAGCAAAGCAAAGGCAAUAACUUCCAAAAACAGAGCAGUAAGCAAACUGUAACUUGGCUGUAGGGUUGUAUUUAUCUGCUAUAAUUUUUCCGUAUCAUUAAGUCCAUUUGGAUGGAUGGUAAUGAGGUAAUGAAAUAGCAAUUAAACAUAUUUUUGCCAUUAGUAUGCAGCUUCCUGCUGAAGUCUGAAAACCUCCUUGUCUGGCUGGAACUUAACUUUUGGUGUUCUGUCCUGUUUUUGUAGGAGUGCCCCAGGGACCAGGGUCCGAUGAAAAGUUUAUUUUCAUCAGCUGGGGAAGGGAGGGAAGAGCCAGUUGAGAUAACAUUUGAGUAUUAUCUGGUAUUGUUCCACCUUGCACAUAUUUAAAACAGCAAAUGACCUCAGCCUUCCACUCAUUACCAAAAACUUCAUUUUCCAAAACAUCAUCUGUGGGUAAGGAUUCUUGGAUAGCUCUGUUGGCUGCACAGGAAAAUGUUCUGAACUGGGGAAGGAGAAUUCAUCUCAGGGCUCUUGAGAAAUCAAAGACUGAAACUUGCUGCCAUCCAGUCGGAAAAGGAUUUUUGCACUUCUGGAGGUUUGGCUUGAGCAACAAGUUUGAUACAGAAUUUCCUUCUGUUCUGACAGGGAAGGUGGCCCCUGAGGAAUUCAAGACCAGCAUCAGCCGAGUGAACGCCUGCCUGAGGAAGAACCUCCCUGUCAAUGUGAAGUGGCUGCUCUGUGGCUGCCUGUGCUGCUGCUGCACUCUGGGCUGCAGCCUGUGGCCUGUGGUCUGUCUUAACAAAAGAACUAGAAGAUCAAUUCAGAAGUUAUUAGAAUGGGAAAAUAACAGACUAUAUCAUAAGCUUGGUUUGCACUGGAAGCUGAGUAAAAGGAAAUGUGAAACUAGCAAUAUGAUGGAAUAUGUAAUAUUAAUAGAGUUCUUACCAAAAUACCCCAUAUUUCGACCUGACUGAGGAACAGCAUUGGUCUUUCAUGUUACCUGUCAUUUUCUACCCUUAGUGCCUUGUAGAUGAUUUUGGAAAGAAGAUGGUCUACUUUGCUGUGACUUAAAAAUGUUCUUCAGUAGAAAUCUUCCUUGCUGUUACUUUCUUUUGUUAAGAAGAGAACAAUUUGCACAUUUUUUUAUGUUCAACGAGGCUUCUAUGUUGCACUCUGAAUUUUUAACAUUACCAAUAACUGAUAGAGUUGCCACUAGGGAUCUUAACAUCAGUGCUGCUUAAACUUGUUCUGAGCAUGCUGCCUUAUUAAUUUCUCUCUUUGCUGUCCUCCAAUGUGCAUCCUAAAGCUGUGUCAUCCUAUAUUCAUCCUAAGUGUUGCAAUCCUAGAAACCCUCAGUAGGAAUGCCCAGGUAAACUCCAGUAGUAAUGAUUUUAGUAGAACCUGCUUGCAUAGGACUUGCAAUCAACAGCACUGGUUUUGUCCUGCACUUUGCAAAAUCAUCACUUACAUUUUAGGGGGUUCUUUAGUUUACCCACUAUGGAUUUGUAAAUAUUGACUCUUUGCAUAAUGUAAAGUGUGGUAUGCCAAGGUUUACAGAAUGUAUUAUAGCUCUUAUUCUAUUGCCAACAGUCCCCAGCAUCUGUUCCAUGUGCUCGUUCCCCUGGGAUUGUACAGCCCCACCCACACUGCUUUUAUGGGAAAGCCAUAACGAGUUUGUACAUAUGUCAGAUGUGUAGGGCUCAGUUGCACUUUGUUUAGUAAAUGGAUGAAAAAUGCAUAGCAUUUCUGUCUUUAUUUUGAAGAGUGUUUCAGGUGGUGUUUGCAGCACCUGAAAUAUGAAGCUGAAAUCUUCACCUCUGCAAAAGCUGUUUGUGGGGUAGAUGGCAGCUGCUAUUAACAAAAUACCCUAAAGUCUCUUUUGAAGUGAGGAAUAUAUAUGGAUGUUAAGUUCUGUUUUGUUUUGAAGUCAGGAAAAAUUAGCCUCGAAUCGGAGAUCUUCGUUACAGAAGAGAAAAAUUAGGAACAGCCAAAUCCAAGCUGAAGCAGCACCUUUGUUACUGUUGUGGUGUGGUUGUACUUCAGCAUUUUCACAGUUAAGAGACAUGAAGUCCCUUCCAGUGGAAAGAGGUUUUAUCUCAGUCAAAGUGGAGUUUCCAGACAUGCUGAGGGGAGGAAGUGCAGCAGUUGAAAGGGCUCCUGAAGAUGUUUUGGCAGUCAGGCACUGUCUGGAGAGCCAGGAAAGCCUUGUGGAAUUCAGUAUUAUUUUGGAUUCUUCCCCGUUUGCCUGAUCUCAGGAAGGGAAGUCAUUGUAGAAAAACUUCCUCUAAUGGCUGAUCUAAGCAAGAGCACUUGAUAAAAGAAAGCAAAUGGAAAUUGUUGUAAGUUCCCUGCCUUUCCUAACUAGAAAUAACAAAGCCCAACAGAUAACUGAGCAUCUGCAAGUUGUGGUGGAUUUCAUUAUCAGUGUCCAGGCAUUUCUUUGCAGCAUCUUGACUCCCUGCCACAUCAUCCCAAGUUGCUUCUUAGUUUCAGGGUGGCUUGGGGUUUCCUCUGAAUGUAUUUGCAUCUCUCCAGUUUGCAAUAUGCUAUUAAAAUACAGUGUUUGUAAGACAUUGCAUCCUAAUACCUGUAGUAGGUCAGAUUCCUUGUACACAGUGUUUACAGAAGGCCAGUUUUAUGCAAGUUGUUACUCAAAGGGAAGUUUGUGCUGUUUCCUGUCCCAGACUGAUGGUUCAGAGUUUGAAAUCUGCAUGUUUCAUGCAGAAACUUUGUUUGACUGGUAGAUUGGUGACACUAAAUGUGUAUUUGAAUUUGUAACAUGAAUAAAAACCUCCUGUGUUGUUUGAAAUUAUCAUUAGCUACACCUUGCAAUUCAGAUUUCCAUUGCACAACCAAGCAAAAUGUUGUCUCCAAUUUAUUUCUUUUUUUGUGGGGGGAUGAGUGUUAACUGGAAGCAGAGAAAAUAAUGGCAGAAAAGGCAGAGUAAACCAAAACUGAAAUGGCACACUCAGUUCUUUCUUUGGGUUUUACAGACAAAUGAGUUUCUGGAGUAAUUAUGGAAAAAUGGAAGUUUCUUACUGUUCUGUCAGAACUUUGUUGUGCAAAAUACUCAAGAAAUCUCAGCAGGUUCUGAUUUUCUUCUUCAUACAACUCUGUUUUCUCCCUGUACUUGUCCAAAUGGGAGAACAGGCACUUCCCAUGGAACCACAGAAUGGGGUGGGUGGAAGGGACCCCAAAGCUCCUCUCCUUCCACCCCCUCCUUCCACUAGCCCAGGUUGCUCAGAGCUCCAUCCAAACUGGCCUUGAACACUUAAGCACAUGAUAUUAAUUUGUAAAGUUUACAUUUUAAGUACAUAAAUCCUAUACAUUUUAAUUUGUCCUUAAUUAUUACUUGUGCAGUCUUCAAACUAUGAAUGGGUCUUGUCUUUGUGUUUUAAUUGACAUUUAAUUAUGUGGCCAUAACAUAAAGAACCAGAGCCAAACCUGUCAUUUGCAGUAAGCUCCAUGUUUUAAUAAGCAGAUAAAUUUGCAUUGAAAUGCAAAACCAGCAGCAGUAUUAUAUUUGCAUGUGAAAGCUCACUGGAAGGUGAAGGCAGCUGGCAGUGCUGCUGUGAACUCUGCACAGGUUCUUUUUGCUUGGGCUGUCCUUUAAUACCAAAACAUCACAGGUAAUUCUGUCUCCCAAGACUGGAAAUCCCAUUUUUGACAGUAAAUGAUCAGCACGAGUUGGUGAACUCUUCAUGGAGGGUAUCUGUCAGAAGCUGUAGCAAUGUAACAGAUUAAUGUCAGCAGAGUGAGUGGAAGUGAUAAAGAAAGUGCCUUGGCUGGUCCAGCACCACUGUGCAGAGAAGGAGAAAAGGGAGCUAACUGCUCCCUCUCAGGAGUGGGAGUUUGCAGCAGAUUUCUAAAAGCAGCUACUGUCUACCAAAUCAGUGUUUAUUUCUUCACAUCAACAUGUUGACGCUAAUUUUGUUUCUAGAUUUUAUCCAGGAAAUCUUUGGGUUGGUAUCUAGAAAGUUUUGUAUCUGGAGAGUACUGAAGGAGUGCAGAACUCUGGCAGAGCAUCAAAGCUCCUCCUUAGUGAUUCCCCCUGCUCCUGCAGAGGUGUUUUCCCAGAGGAGGAACACAGCAGUGUUCAAGCAUGCACACCCCAGUCUAGGCAGUGUGGGUUCAGUUGAAAAUGGGUGACUUUUAAACUGAGGAAAAAAAUUAUUAAAUCUGGUGUGGUUUUGAUAAUUUAAAAAAAAAAAGUUCCUAUGCUCUUGAUAGGUACAAAACUCCAUAUGCAAAACCAUAAAUUGAUGUUUAUUAUUGUCCCACUGACAGUUUACUACAUUUUCUUGUCAACACACUACCAUUGGAGCAAUAAAAAUGUCAAGCUAUUAACAUUCACCAUCAAUUAUUUAUCACUUUAGUAAGCAAUGUUAUGUGAUUCUUCUGCCAUUCUUUUGUUUUCUGCUUUUGGUGUUCUUACAGUGUUGUAACAUACUUGUAUUGCUUCUGAAAAGUGGUUUUGUUUAAGCUGUAUGAAACUGUGUUCUUAACACUUUUAUUCUGUUUACAAGUGAACAGCCACUUUUUUAACAGGACCUCACGUCUGGAGAGUUUUCUCUCUAUUUUUUAUUUUAAAUGAAAAUAAAAUUCUAACUGAGCUUGCUUUCUAUAAUUUACUGCACUGGCUUGUGCCAUUGAAAGAAGCUGGAAGUCAGACAUGCUUCAUCACUUUGAGACAUUUUUCUUUAAUUAAACUCAAAGUUGAAAACCUUGA